GACAUUUGGUGGUUAACUUGACAUUGGAGGGAGUUUUGUAAUUUAGUCCGCGAUACCUGGAGGUUUUUAGAUUUUGCUGAUAUGACGGUAGUUUUGACAUCGGAUUGGCUCAUACAGACUACAUUUCGAUAUUUAUCAAAACAAGACCUGAUAUUGCUUUGACAAAUAGGGAAACUUAUCUCAAGGGCUUGCUAUUUCUAGUAAACAAGACCAGGGGAAACUCGUCAGUAUAUCGUUUCACUCUGUCAAAAGUUUUAUCUCCUGUGCACGAGAUAGUAUAGUCCUAAUUUGGAGUUUAAUCACGUAACUAUCGAUAUACUUAGACUGUCUAGUAGAUCAGUAUUGGGGGUAGAUAUCGCAUAUGGAAGACUUUGCCAAGUAACUCCGCAUAGCCUGGAUCAUCUUGAUAUAUUCGGAGAUCACGCAAUAUGAGCGAUGUCUUGUAGGAAAGGAACACAUCACAACUGCACGCGAGCUCGGAAACCAGUGAUUUCACCUUAUUACAAUAGUGCAUCCAUUCCAUUGGGAUAUUUUGGCACAACUAUAAGAAGGAGACCCGUUAGUUUUGGCUUCGAAAAUCCUUUCCAAAGUCGAAGAAAUUUCACAAACAGUCGAGAAAGAUGGAGACAGCAUCAUGUCAACAUGGCCUUUGGUGAGCUGAGAAAACUUCUUCCAACUUAUCCACCAGACAAAAAACUCUCCAAGCACGAGAUUCUUAAACUAGCUAUGAAAUACAUCACGUUUCUGAGUACUGUGUUAAAAGACAUGGAUUCAAAAGAAACUGGAAUUUGCUCUGAUUUUGUUGUGGAUUCUGAACAAUGUUCUCCGAGUUCGAGCUGUGAAACUCUUGGUAGCGAUGGAGGUUUGUCAUCCACCUUGAAUUUAGAACGUGUCAGUGUGGAUUCACUUACAUCAGAAAUACGGAUUGAAGAAGCCGAAUGAAGGUCAGAGAAAAAACACAUGAAAAUAUCAAACCAAGCUGGGUAUAUGAUCAGGAGAAACUAAUUUGUUGCUAUAAAUUUAGACAUGGAGAGAAAUGUUUGUUUUGCGAUAAACGAGAGCAUUUGCUCAAGUGGAAAAAGGAAAGCGUAGGAUCUACUACAACUCGAGUGUUUUGUUUGUUAAUCGAAACCGUAAACACGGAAAUCGGUUGAAGGUGUAAGAUGUCCAGGUUAUUUCUGAAACUUAUCAUCGAAAGAAAAACAAACUAACACGAAAUCUGAAUUACAAAGUGCUGCAUCGUUGAAUGAUAUUCUCCACCACGAUCAUGGUAUUGGAAACGUCUUGCUAACUUUAAAACACUCGUCUUUAGUUGCCCGUGAAACGUUAAAUUGAGUGGUUUUUCCGGAAUCAUUCAGUUUGUAUAACACGUGCGUUACAGCAAUAGACAUAUAAAUAAGCAUUUUGGGUCAAUAGCAAAUG